AUGACCCCGAGUAUUGGUCCUGGAACUGUGAAGGACCUUGGGCCAGACGAAGACGAAGAUGAUGCUAUCCUUCGAGCCAAUGGCCACGAUCAAGUCAUGCCUCGACAGUUCAAUUGGAUCUCCGCUCUUGGGCUAGGGUUCUCCAUCACCAACUCUUGGGUUGGCUAUUUGGUAAGCAAAUGA